ACACGGCCAUCUUCAUGUGUAAAUGUUGUAACCUUUUCUCACCAAGUCAGUCGGAACUGCUCUCCCACGUUUCUGAGAAGCACACAGAAGAAGGGGUCAAUGUCGAUGACAUCAUUAUCCCCCUGAGGCCUCUGAGCACUCCAGAACCCACCAACCCAAGCAAAACGGGAGAUGAGCUGUCGGUCAUGAAGAGGAAGAGAGGGAGGCCUAAGGGGUCCACGAAGAAGCCCAGCGCCGAGGAGGAGCUGGCGGAAAACCUCGUCCGCCCGGGUGAGGACAGCUUGCUGGCCCUAGCGGAUGGGGGCGGCCUGGCCGCAAGCAGCUUGGAGUGUGCCAAAUGCUGUCGGAAGUUCUCCAACGCACGCCAGCUGAGAAAGCACGUCUGCAUCAUCGUGCUGAACCUGGGCGAGGACGAAGGGGAAGCAGGUAACGAAUCUGACCUUGAACUGGAAAAGAAGUUUAAGGAGGAAGAUCGAGAAAAGGCCCCGAGGAGACCGCGGACACAGAGAACCGAGAAGGCGCAGAGGACCUCCUCCUCGGGGAAGGAGGCCAGGCAGGCCGCUGGGACAAAGAAACCCAUCAUAAGUGUGGUCCUGACCGCACAUGAAGCUAUUCCAGGUGCUACCAAGAUUGUUCCAGUGGAGGCCGGGCCCCCAGAGAUUGGAGCCACAAACCCCGAGGCCACCUCGGCCGACAUGGCAACUCGGAGAGGGUACCAGGAGUAUGCCAUUCAGCAGACACCGUAUGAGCAACCCAUGAAGUCAAGCAGGCUAGGGCCCACCCAGCUCAAGAUCUUCACCUGUGAGUACUGCAACAAGGUCUUCAAGUUCAAGCACUCGCUGCAGGCCCACCUGCGGAUCCACACCAACGAGAAGCCGUACAAGUGCCCGCAGUGCAGCUACGCCAGCGCCAUCAAGGCCAACCUGAACGUGCACCUGCGCAAGCACACCGGUGAGAAGUUCUCCUGCGACUACUGCGCGUUCACCUGCCUGAGCAAGGGCCACCUCAAGGUGCACAUCGAGCGGGUGCACAAGAAGAUCAAGCAGCACUGCCGCUUCUGCAAGAAGAAGUACUCCGACGUCAAGAACCUCAUCAAGCACAUCCGCGACGUGCACGACCCUCAGGACAAGAAGGUCCAGGAGGCCUUGGACGAGCUCUGCCUGAUGACGCGCGAGGGCAAGCGGCAGCUGCUCUACGACUGCCACAUCUGUGAGCGCAAGUUCAAGAACGAGCUGGACCGGGACCGCCACAUGCUGGUCCACGGUGACAAGUGGCCUUUCGCCUGCGAGCUGUGCGGCCACGGGGCCACCAAGUACCAGGCGCUGGAGCUGCACGUGAGGAAGCACCCGUUCGUGUACGUGUGCGCCGUCUGCCUGAGGACGUUCGUCAGCACCAUCCGGCUGCGCGCACACAUCGGGGAGGCGCACAGCGCCGCGCCCGAGGCCGCGGUGUUCGCCAGCUCCAUCAACCAGAGCUUCUGCCUCCUGGAGCCCGGGGGCGACAUCCAGCAGGAGGCCCUGGGGGGCCAGCUGCAGCUGGCGGAGGAGGAGUUUGUGUUCCAGGGGGUGAACGCCCAGGAGGCGAGGGUCCUGGACAGUCUACAGAAGAGGCGCAUGGACACCGGCUUGUGCGCGAGGAUCCGGAAGGUGUACGGGGACCUGGAGUGCGAGUACUGUGGCAAACUUUUUUGGUACCAAGUGCAUUUUGACAUGCAUGUCCGCACCCACACCCGGGAACAUCUGUAUUAUUGCUCCCAGUGUCAUUAUUCUUCCAUCACCAAAAACUGCCUUAAACGCCAUGUAAUUCAGAAACACAGUAACAUCUUGCUGAAGUGUCCCACUGACGGCUGUGACUACUCGACUCCAGAUAAAUAUAAGCUGCAGGCCCAUCUUAAAGUUCACACAGAGCUGGACAAAAGGAGUUAUUCUUGUCCUGUGUGUGAAAAGUCUUUUUCAGAAGAUCGACUGAUAAAGUCACAUAUCAAGACGAACCAUCCUGAGGUCUCCAUGAGCACCAUCUCCGCAGUGCUCGGGAGGAGGGUUCAGCUGAAGGGGCUGAUUGGAAAGAGAGCCAUGAAGUGUCCCUACUGUGACUUCUAUUUCAUGCAGAACGGCUCCGACCUGCAGCGCCACAUUUGGGCUCACGAGGGUGUGAAACCCUUCAAGUGUUCUUUGUGUGAGUAUGCAACUCGUAGCAAGAGCAACCUCAAGGCUCAUAUGAAUCGUCAUAGCACUGAGAAAACCCACCUGUGUGACAUGUGUGGCAAGAAAUUCAAAUCAAAAGGAACGUUGAAAAGUCACAAGCUCCUUCACACUGCCGAUGGGAAGCAGUUUAAGUGCACGGUGUGUGACUACACGGCGGCCCAGAGGCCACAGCUGCUGCGGCACAUGGAGCAGCACGCCUCCUUCAAGCCCUUCCGCUGCGCCCACUGCCAUUACUCGUGCAACAUAUCUGGCUCCCUGAAGCGGCACUACAACAGGAAGCAUCCCAACGAGGAGUACGCCAACGUGGGCGGCGGGGAGCUGGCAGCCGACGCGCUCGUCCAGCAAGGCGGUCUGAAGUGCCCUGUCUGCAGCUUCGUAUAUGGCACCAAAUGGGAGUUCAACAGGCACUUGAAGAACAAGCAUGGCCUGAAGUUGGUGGAAAACGAAGGCGAGCCCAAGUGGGAGGUAACUGUGUAUGAGGGUCUUGUUCCGGCUCUGCAGGGGCCAGGCCGUGGUGGCAUGGCGGAGACCGCGGCCACCGUGCGGAACCGUGACCGACUUGACCCCACAGCUGUAAACAUCCUCCAGCAGAUUAUCGAGCUGGGCACCGAGACCCAUGACGCCACUGCUGUGGCCUCGGUGGUUGCCAUGGCUCCAGGGACAGUGACUGUCGUGAAACAGGUCACUGAUGAGGAGCCCAGCUCCAACCACACGGUCAUGAUUCAGGAGACCCUGCAGCAGGCCUCCGUGGAGCUGGCCGAGCAGCACCACCUGGUCGUGUCAUCCGAUGAAGUGGAGGGCAUCGAGACGGUGACUGUCUACACGCAGGGUGGGGAGGCCUCGGAAUUCAUCGUCUACGUGCAGGAGGCCAUGCAACCCGUGGAGGAGCCGGCUGUGGGACAGGCGGCUCAGGAGCUCUAGGGGACACGCACUGCUGGACAGGGCCGUGGGGCAGGGCUGCCGGGCUCCUGGGGCAGGGAGACUGCAGAACCGUGCUCCUUGAUGCUCUCCUUUGUGCUCCUGGCCCGGGCCACCAGGGGGCUCUCCUUGUCCUACUUUGGGUGGGCAAGGCAGUUGGCGUCACCAGCAAUACAGAACCCCUGCACCCAGCACAAACACAUACACAUACUUACCCUGUAUCAUCUGCUUCUGGAAAGACUUGCAUCAGUUCUUCAAACAUGGCCCACACCGCAUUGCCCCUUUGCUUCAAGAUUCAGAGACCCCCGGGCCCCAUCAGCAUCCUCCCCGAGCCACAGCCCCAACUCUUUGACCCCACUGAGGUGCCGAAUCUUCACCUGGGACUUCUGUGCAACCUGGUGACAGGGAGACAGCCAUCACAGGGGAGGUGACCUUACGGUUUUUGAUUAACCUCUCGGGGGGGAAGGGGAGGGGUUCCAGGCUUUACAAAGGUCUACACUCCUCCGAUACCGACGGUGCUUCUUACUGCGUGAAGUAACCGUGAUUCAGUGACUUUCACUCCAGUCACAGGUGAGGUCUCAGCUUACAGUCUUGGCAUUCUUUGCUUUUUAAAAAAAAUGCACUUUUUACUAUUCACCUCCCUUUCUAAGGAAGCGAGGUGGGUAGAAUAAAACCAGUACUUGCCUGAG